AUGCCUGGACAUCCUCUUUCAAAAAGGGACAAAGAGGCUUUAGCCGAGAAGUACCUUUGCCUAUACUGUCAACUGCUUCUAAGAGACGCCAUGCAGACAAGUUGUGGACAUUUUUAUUGCCAGUCAUGUUUGGUAAAUCUCAUUAAGUAAGUGUACGUUCGAAGAUUUUAAACUGCUACUAUUUUUGCUGUUUUAUAUUAUCAUCACUAAAGACGUACUGGUUACACUAUUCAUAUUAGAGAGAUACCUAACUGAUUCCUGUUCCAUCUUACAAAUCAGUGGCUGUUUUUCUAUCAGGGAUGAAACCUCCAUGGUGAUGAUAUGUUUAAAGGAUCAGACAAGGCUUCUGCCCACUCAGGUUUGGAUUUUUUUUUCUUUGUACUGUGUCUUUUUCAAAUGCGAUCUUAUGUAAUUACAACUUUUAUAAUCAAAAAGCGAAUUAAGUAGGAAAUUCAUUAUACAUCUCAUUAGUCAGCGUUUAUUUUAGACUUUGAAGGGAAGGUUUGGGACACCCCUUGGUGAAGGCAAAAACGAACUAGAUCAUCCCUAAACCGCGAGCCUGCUGAUGGGCGUAAACGAUAGCCGUUUUAAUUGGUGCCACUGUCUCACAAGCGCACCAGUAAUAACAACACUUUUCUUUUUUAAUGAAGAUGAUUUAAUUUUCUAACAUUUUACUUGAAUUGUCUGGCAUCAUUAGGAAUCCUAUGUUUAAAAAACAAAACAGCAGAGCAAACUCAGAGAAUGACAAUAAAGCAUGACGUGUAAGCAAAAUUUGCAUGCGAGCCGGAAGUAACAGGUAACACAGCGCAAUUAAAAUGGGAACCAAAAAAAACCUUAGGUAAAACGUAUAUUAGUGCGUUUUUAUUCAAAGAAGCAAUAAGAUUUGCUAGUUGAAAAGGAGCAAGUCUAUCUUAAUCUUGAUCAGCGGGAUAGCAAGGGUACGGGUAAGUCGAAUGUCUCUCUCCUGCUCCUUAAUUCUGGCAUGUAUAGGUCUUCUGGCCUCGCUGAUGUGAACUGAAACAAAUUCACUUGGGAUCAUGUUUACCAUCCUAUGAACCUUCUCACUUAGUCACGUCAUUUGUGAGACUUUCAGCGCGCCGAGACUUUAAUUAAACACAUUCUCUCAUUCCUAGUGUUUCGUGAGCCUGUCUUAAGAUAUAUCUUCCGCCGGUUAAAAGAAAUAUGCAAGCAAGCAGUGGUGCUAUCAGACUUGUGGGUAACAGCUUCUACCGAAUGAAAGCAACCGUAGGCGUUGCCGUCACCAUCCGACCCUACCCUCACUAUUAAAAUUGAGAGAAUUUUUCUAGUGUCGACUCCAUUCCUGAGUGUAGUUCGAAGUUGUUACCACCAGCAUUCCAAAAUGGCAAUAUGAGAUGCAUGCAUAUCGUCUGAGCUUUGGUCAUCUCAUACGAAAAGAUUUCUGAAUAAACAUUUUUCAAACUCUUCAACGAUCCAAUUAUGAUCACCUCUUAAUACCUAACAACUGCACUCUCUCAGGUUUUUGCAGACAGAUUCAUGCGGAGAGAAAUACUUGCUCUUGCCGUAUGCUGCACAUUCUCGGAUGACGGAUGCCAUUGGAAAGGAGAAGUCAGACAUUUAGAGGUAAAUACUUGUUCUCUUUUAUUACUGUUUCACCACUUUUUAUUUUAAUCCGUUGACGUCCAAGUGGGUUUGGAUAAGAAUUGUUACGGCAAAGUCGACCGAGAUAGAGGUGCUCUCUGAUUCUUAAAUUUAUUUCACUAACGAAGAAAGUUUCCCUUGCAUCAAGUUGUUUCUGUUUGAUUAAAAAAUCAUUUCUAAUUCAUGUAUCAUCCUACGAAUUAACCAUGACAUUUAAACAAAUCUACCACUUCAUGUAGGCCAAGUUUUCAUUUUUACUAGGAACAACUUUGUGAUUAAACCAUAAACAUUCGCCUUCUUUUCGUACAGAAGCCUUAGAUGAAGAGGUUUUUUUGGUUGUACUUUAAUUAUUUCUAGCAAGCCGCGAAUAUGUAUCUGCGACUUAAUGACUGAGUACCAGGAGAUACUUAAGUAUAAUUUUGUCCUGUCACAGAGCCAUAUCUCAACUUGCGAGUUCCUGAAAUUACCAUGCGUUCAUGCCGAGUGUGGUGUAUUGGUGAAAAAAGCUGAUAUUACCAAGCAUUUACAGGAGGAAUGCAAGUACAGAUUAAAAAAGUGCUCAUUUUGUCAACAACAGAUCAAUCUGAACAAGAUGAAGGUGAACUGUCUGCAUAUAUUGUUCACAUAAUGGUGCUACUUUGAGGACACAAAUAUUGAAAGCCCAUAAGCUUUGGUAAUCAUAGUCAGGACGACCAGCUGAGGCCCAAACUAAUUACGAUUAGUGCUCUACAUUGUUUAGAUUUGUCUUGGGUAAUAAUUUAGCGGAGCCUUUAAGUUGUAGAGAAUUUGAAAUGAUUAUGACCCUCUUGACAAAACAGCCUUAGUUGCCAAAACAGCGGAAAUAAAGAAUAGGCAUGAGCGCCAUUUACAGGUGGUAUCAAUACUAAGGUGACGUGGCAGAACAAAUCAUAAUAGCUAAAUUAAUGCAGAUUGUCACGAACUUCCUCUGAAUGAAAAAUUCAGCACUUGGGUCAAACGAUAGUACAUAUACUGUACGAGUGAAACACGCACGUUUACUCAAAGUGCCCCUCUCUGACUGGUGGUAAAAAUGAUGGUGCAUGCUUUCAGCAACGUGCAGCAAAAUUAGAUUUACAAGGUUCCCCUUGACCAGGCAAUCAAAUUGAGGACAAAUGAUAGAAAUGGAAGUAACACUAAAAUAUUUUCUAGAGCUUUGUCUUCAUUGAAUUAUCUGUCCUAUAGGUGCACCAGGAGACGGACUGUCCGGCAUAUCCAAUUCGUUGUGGCAAUUGUAACAGAGAGGACAUUCCUCGUAGACAGGUAAAUGUUUUAAUUAAAUAAGAAUGAAGUUGUUUGAAUAUCGCCUCAUAAUUUGAAACAGCGGUAAAAGAAUGACUCAUUGCUAGUUUCAAUCUUUUAAAAUCACGUGAGGACAAUCAGUGCGCAGUGCAAUUUCAAAAUUUUUAUGAAGAUAUUAUCGUUACUUUUAUCGUUGCUUCCAUUAUUAAGUACUACUACUAUUAUCAUUAUUAUUGUUAUUGUCAUUAUUAUCAAUUACUAUCACUGGCAGGCUAAUUUUCUACUUUUUAAGAAAUGAGAGACUUCGGGAAUUUGGGAAUUUGGACUUGAGUGUUUUUUUCGAAAGGAACAUCUCACUCAUAACCACUGAACUGAAAAUUGAAUUUCCUUUAGCAGACUAGAUCUUGGUUCUCUGAUAGUGUCUGUUUUUGGAGUAAAGGAUUGACUAGGCUUACCUCUGUUAGUCUAUUAAGUACUCGAUGAAUUACUGAUCUUGUUUUUUUAGUUGCGAGAUCACCAGGACCCAGUUUUUGGAAACUGUGAAAAUGUGGAGGGCCCAUGUCCAUUUUCACAUAUCGGUUGUUCAAAGAAAGAGGUCAGUAAGAGAUAUUUAGUCCAUUUACUCUCAAAGCGCUCAACGGGAAGGACCACGCGAAAUCAUUUAAACAGUUUCUCUAUUUCCCACUUCAAGACAUCAAAGCCUCUGAAAGUACCCUCUACAUAUACAUCAUUGUGUUACAGGUUGUUUCUAAAGAUGCAACCAAUAGCGAAGAAUUGCGAUGUAAAGAAAGUUCUCAAACGAAAUUGGAGCGCUAACCCUGAUCUUAGAUAGUUCUAGUAAACAUGCAUAUCUGUAUUUAUUAUUUUCUUAAUGUGUGUCGAAUUUUUACAGGUCCUCAACAGGCAAGAAAGAAAGAAACAUCUGGAACAGGAAAAUAUAUUUCACACGUCUCUGCUCCUUAAAAAAACCUUGCAGAUGACUAAAGAGGUUGAAGGUAUUUUAACACGAAACCCCUUAGUCAUGUCUAGAAACCCUCAGCUCCUUUCAAACUUUGACGGGAUAGUUCAAGAUAUUCUUAACCAGUUGCAAAGUGGUACAGAAGAGAGAAGAAACCAAGAGACCAAAUUAAGAGAGCACAGUGAACGAAUAACCUCUCUUGAGAGAUUUGUGGCUUCAAGAAAUGUUUUGGGAACUGAGGCGUCUGUCCAACGUCUGCCUGAAUCUGGACGGGAUUUGCCAUCUGGUGAAAACUCAAGAAGACUGGUCAAUCUUGAAAACAGGACCGCUGACCAUGAAGUUCUACUGGUCGAGAACAAUCGCACAAUGGAGGAAGUAAGACGUGAUGUCGGCAACAUUAAGAGGCAACUUGACACCAUCCACGAGAGCACCAGAAGGCAUGACCGAAGGAUUGAAUCUAUAGAGCACACACUGGCUCUCAGGAACGUAACCCUGGCUGAUUUGGAGGAAUACGUAAAACAGCAAGAGUUCUCAAGCUACGAUGGCCAGCUGUUGUGGAGGAUUCCUGAUUAUGCCCGUAAACGAAAUGACGCAGUGACUGGACAGCAAGUCUCCUUCUACAGCCCGUGUUUCUUUACUAGUCGCUACGGUUACAAAAUGUGCGCCCGCAUUUAUCUGAACGGGGAUGGAAUGGGAAGAGGAACUCACAUCUCGAUCUUUUUUGUGGUCAUGCGCGGUCAGUAUGACGCACUUCUCCGCUGGCCAUUCAGACAGAAGGUCACCUUCAUGUUGCUAGACCAGGAUAACGUGGAACACGUGAUUGACGCAUUCAGACCUGAUCCGAACAGCUCAUCCUUUCAGAGGCCAAGAAGAGAAACCAACAUCGCCAGUGGGUGCCCGAUGUUUUGUUCGCUGGCUGAACUGAAUAAUCACGCGUAUGUCAGAGACGACACCAUGUUCUUAAAAAUAAUUGUAGAUACUUCUGAUUUGUAGAUAUGAAUGUCCCCUAAAUUUAAGGAUAAAUUUACAGGAGUUUCGGCUCAUCUUCUCUCUUCGAUUUCACUCACUCAUGAUGCCUCGAACUCGUACAUUUCGCUUGCCAUUCAAGGUAGAGGGAUCACCUCUGGUAAAACGAAGAAAACAGAUGCACUUCUUCAUGCAGUAAAUAUUCUGAUUUUUGUCCAGGCAUCCCACCGAGUCACCUUGCAGAAACCAGACGGUUUCUAAUUAAUGUCGGUGAACGAUCAUGAAAAGAUGACAGCGUCGAGCUGUAAGUGAAGAUCACGUAAUGGUAAGUGAUAGCGUUAAAGCCAGGGCUGGUUGUUUUCUGUGGAGGCGCAUUAACCUAGUUCGAUACAAAGGCAUUAAGUCGAGUGCGUUUAUCUGGAAAUGUGUUUUAUCCUUGGGCAAGGUUAUUAGCGCCCUGUUGCCCCUCUUUCCCCAAGAGUUUAUGGGUUUCAUAAGAACUUAAAAGUAGCCUGGCACCGAUAACGCCAAUUUGCUAACUUGUGCUAAACUAAAUGAGCAGGCAAUUCCGUUUCAGCGUUUGACUAAAACAAAAUGACGACCUCGGACAGACAGACGGCAGUGCGAGUCCAAUUAUUAGAAGUUCGUGAUCAGGUCGCGCAAAUAAUAGCCGAUACAUUCUCAAUACACCCCUUUCACUACAUGACAUGAUGACGCAUGAUGGCGUUUUCCCGCGAAGGUUCUUUUUUAAGCCAAUGUCAUUAUAGUGUACAGAGAGGGUGAAACGAAACACUUUUCAUCUAUUGCGAAGAUGAAAAAUGGAGCAAAAUUAUAAAGAAAGGGUGAAUAAGGUUUUUUUACAAUUAUGUAGGGAAAAAAGGAAAAAAAAAGACAUUUAUGUUUAGGAAUUAAUUCUACACCCUGUGUUUAGCAGCUAAGUUACUCAGUAAGGACAGAACGAUUGUGGAAUGCAGGCCACACAGUGUUAUGGCAAACACUUGAUUGGAAAGAAAUAGUUUUAAUAAGUACAAUCGUUCUUCUCAUAUACUGUACUUGGUUUACUUAAUUGCUUUUCGACUGAUAUUUUUUCUCAAUAAGAUAACCUAAUUGGAGAUGUUGGCGAGUUUAACAUCCGUGAGAGUGAAGGACUAACUCCACUUAAUGAUGAGCAUAUUUAACAAUUAGGCUGUAGAUAAUAGUGGGGAGGGAAAAAUAUAAUUUUUUAAAUACAUAUAAUAAGCUUUAGUUUUAUCAUCAUAUUGCAAAUAUUUUUUAGCAGUCAUUGAUAGAAGAAAUCAACAAUUUUGUUUUGUAUCUUAUUGAAAAAUAUUUUAUCAUAUUUUAAAAUUUAGUUUGUAUAUUCUUUAGCAUCUUAUUAAUUAGGCUCAUAAUUAUAUAAUUUAAAAAUUUGAGGGAGCUCUCUGCAGCACACUCGUAAAUAAUCUGAUUGGUAGUCGGACCAGUUUGGUCCACUCCCCCACCCCCUCCCUUUUGGUGCUCAGACUUUUUUCUUCGCACAUUUCUCUCUCUAUUACUAAAGCUGAAGAAUUUAAACUAAUUAUACAAGAAUUUUCGAGAAAAUUUAGCUAAUUUUAGCUAUUAGGUGUGUUUUUUGGUUGCUGUUAGUAUCACUGAACAGUUCUAGAGAAAAAAUAGAUAUAUGGCGAAGAUUGAAUUUUCAGAACUAAAUUUGUCAAGAACUUUAAUAAAGACGAAGGAAAAAAGGAACCUGAAAGGUAAACAAAAUUGUAUUUAUUUACUAUGUUUUUCCAUGCAGAACGAUUGGUUUUUACCGCAUAUACUUAUAAUACUUGUUUACUUGCAAUAUUGGCCACUCUGUAAGUUCGAGAUUAGAGCUGUUUUAAAAAAAUAAGAAACCGACUGACUGCGGAGUUACCUAUCGUUAAAUUGUAUAGAGAUGAUCACUUUUCCUGAAUUUCUAAUUUUUUCUUCACUUUUGUGCAAUGAUGGACUAACUGAGAUCUCCGGGAACACAGUUUUGAGUUACCGUCGGAAUUUCCGAUCACAAGCGUUUUUGCGAACAAGAUCAGUAACUGUAAAUAUUUUCUCUUUCUUAUGAAUCUUGUGCUCUUCUGGGCCGAUAAGCAGGAUUGAAAAAAAAACCCAGCUGGGGAAAAAAUGAUAAAACUUUUGAUACUCAUAUACUGGAACCAGCCGACCUGAAGUUUUACCGGAUCAUACAAAUUAUUUAGAGCGCUUUUGGUGACUAAAUAAUGCAGCAGAGUGUCUUUAUUUUAGGAGUGGUCGUUUUAUUGAUGCACAGGGCUAACAAAAGAAUCAUUAUUUGAGCUGUCUGC